AUGGCCUCCAUGAUUUCCUGUAAGAUUGUGGAUAUAAUGCUCACAACUCUUCUGCUUAGUUCUAUUCUGAUUAGUGAGACAAAUUUCUGCAUAUACACAACCACGAACACCGAUUCUGGUUUGGAGACCUUGCUUGCUGCAUACAGUGCAUUUGGUAGCUAUGGGAGCAGCUAUGUACAUCCACAAACCCCAUCAUCUGUGGCCCAGACUGCUGCUUAUGGUGCUUAUCCUUCUACAUAUGUGGCCCAGCAAAGUUACGCUCCAUCAUCCACAGCUGCAACCUUGACUACAGCGCAGCAACCUACUUCAGCUCCUCCUCAGGCUUAUUAUGGCAGUAAUUACUGA